GUUCGAGUGGCGUUUUCAAGGAAAACACUAGUUUCCGCGUCCGUGUUCUCGUACUCGGACGUAUUUUAUCCAUUUAUUCCGUUUUUACUUAACGUUAAAUUUGUGUCAUAAAUUAAAAUAACCGAUAAUCUUUAAAAAUCAUGUACGUUAUUUAAAUACGAUGAAGUUUUUUACUGGGCGAAGAAAUAUGAUUCGUAUAGUUUUGCCAGUUUUAUUAUUAGUGCUGAUUUCAAUAGCUGCAGAUGUCAACGCUAAGAAAUCGCGGCAUCAUAGGCUUCAGGAAAUUCACGGCAGCAGUAACACGCAGGUGUCGGUGACCGACGACGCUACUCUGCUGCUGCCAACAGUCAAACCCGGCGAUGAGUACGUGCAAGAAUCGGACGAAGACGUAGAAGACAACGGUGGCGACGACGACGACGAUGAAAAUGACGACGAUGACGGCGAUGAAAGUGACGAAGAAGGCGAGGAGUCAGCCGAAGUGUUGGAAAAACAAAACCCGUGUCUCGUGCACUACUGCGGAAGGGGCGAGGAGUGUGCCGCCUUGGGCGGCGUUGCACGGUGCAUAUGCGUGCGGAAAUGCGGUCCGGCCAAGCGCAGGGUGUGCGGAACAGACGGCCGACUGUACGACAACCGAUGUGAGCUGCACAAGUCCGGCUGUUUGUCCGGAGUCAACAUAGAGAUAGACCAUUCGUUAAAGUGUUUCAUACCUUCAGCGUCCAAAGCAAAGAAUGUGCGAAUCCUACCGAAAACCGCAGACAACGCCAUUGAAUUGGAAACCAAAUCGAAAGAAGCGAAAACGUGCGGUUCCCCGCAAUACGAAAUUAUGAAGGAUAAUUUGUUGUUGAUAAAUCAUGCCAAACUCAUGUACCAAAAGAGUUGGAACAGUGGUAAGGAGUAUAUGGUCAGUGCGUUGUUUCGUUACUUGGAUUUAGACGGCAACGGAUUUUUGCAACUGGACGAAUUACAAAAGAUAACUAAACAGGAUAAACUCGAUGAUAUGUCUGACGUUUGUGUCAUGUCAGAUAUGAUUCGCUUUGAAGAUAUGGAUAAAGAUGGACGUCUAGGUUUGAACGAAUUCUACGCAGCUUUCAGUAAACUAUAUAGCUUGUCGGUGGUCACUUUGGAAAAAGCGCUAGAGAUCAAUAGAAUAUCCGCAAAGGUCGGCGACAAUGUCGAAAUCCGUUGCGACGUCAGCGGUAAUCCGCCUCCUCCUAUCGUUUGGAAACGAUAUUCCGCCGAUCUAACAACCCUAGGCGACGAGGACGUGAGGGUUUUUAGCGAUGGGUCGUUGUAUCUCACCAAAAUACAAUUGGUCCACGCCGGGAAUUACACGUGCAGAGCUUUGAGAAAUUCCGAGGUUACUCAGACGCACGUGUUGACUGUCCAUACUUUGCCUGAAGUUAAAGUCACGCCCAGAAUCCAAUCGCGGAGACCAGGCGAAAAGACUUCCAUGUUUUGUCACGUAAUUGGAGAACCUUUCCCCGAGGUGGUUUGGCUGAAAAACGAAGAGCGUCUAAAAUUGGACAUGGUACACAAGUACAGAGUAGUCGGCAAUGGAACUGAAUUGAGUAUUGAUAACAUCGAUUACGCGGACACCGGAGCGUACAUGUGCCAGGCAUCGAACACCGGUGGGGUCACCAGAGACAUAUCGUCACUAAUCGUCCAAGAAAUUUUGACGCCCAGUGAGUAUGCCGCGCCGAAAGAAGAACGCCGGUUUUUCGCUUUCCACGACUGGGGCGUGUCUGUUUACGAGCCCACUGCUUGCCGGCUUUACCACCAAAUUCAAUCCACCGACAUCAUACCGGGAACUCAGGAAUAUGUGUGUGGCGACAAAGGCGUCAACUGCAGCUGGGGACAGGCUAUCAACGUGGCCAACCGUUAUGUUUACGUAUCGCAGCCGCUUAAAGAUAGAGUGUUGGUCAUCAGCAAAAUUCAAAUGGUCGUCGUUGACGUCGUGAUCACGGACAAAUAUCCAGUGGCUCUGCACUACGUGGCACAUUUAGAUCAAGUAUGGGUAUUGAAUUGGAGGAGCGUGUACGACGACGGUGUAAAGACGAUACAGGUGAUCAGGGACGCGUCUCAAAAGCGAAAACACCACACCGUCCACCCGGAACCGAUAGACGGUCAAUUCGAUUUGGUCAGAGAUUUGUUCAUGCCCACAGCACAGGAUCUGAGCCACUGGUUUAAGUACGGUUACGUGAGCCAUGCCAACCAAAGAGGACUUUACAAACUGGAUUUGGCCAACAUGCGGUACAUAAGAAGUAUAGACCUGUCACCGUACAACUGUGUACCCCGCACCCUGCAAUUCUCGUCCUUGUACGGUUUUGUUAUCAUCGAAUGCGAAGAACCAGGAACCGGACACGCCACGGGCCAGGUAAUCUUAGAUUAUUUGACCGACACGGUUGUCAACAAAAAGACUACGAUCAGAGGAAGUCCUUUGGUUUCGCCAGACAGCAGAGUCGUCGUGUCCAUCGAUAAAGCCACCGAUGGUGUGACCUUGGUUGUCCAACAAGUUUUAGAAUCUGGACUCAAAUUUUCAUUCGAUGUCAAAACCACUCUAAUGAUCAGUGACAUAGCGUUCUAUCCGUCUCGAACCACACACGGGUAUGAUUUAUACGCCAGCGCUGCAGACAAAGAAGACAUACUGUUUCUGAAUCUAUCUAACGGUAAAGUAGAAAUGAUCACCGGCGUAGGCAAGGCCAUGCUCCAGUCGUUGACGCAGUGGGGUAACCCUAACCGUCCAAUAGCCGCGUCCGGUAUUUUCGGUCACUAUAUGGUUACGCCAGCCGAUGAAGCGUUGUUUGUGAUCAACGGCGAAACCCGGACGGUGAACUGCGAGAUCGGCGGUCUGAUCCAUCCUAGACUGGUCACGUGGGUCACCAUGCAGCUACAAUAAACACAAAUAGAAUACAGAAUUCAAAAUUUUGAAGAAAAAAAAUCGCGUUGUUAUUGAUUAUUAUUAUUAUUAUUAUUAUUAUUGUUGAUACCGUCAUUUCUCAUUCUUUCUUAUUUUCUCGCUAUGAUAAUAUCUAUGAAAUCAUCAUCUCGUCGUGUUGCUUUUAAACAUUUUUCGUUUCGUUCGGUUUCGUUGUUCAUGAAUAAUACUCAUUAAGAUACCUCACAGUUCACACAGUAUAGCGGAUUAGGUGUAUACGUUAAGUUUAAAUAUUUAAACCAUAAUCUUUAUAUAAUAUAUAAUAAAGCAAUGAUAAAAUUAUAAUAUAGUAAUGAACCGAGCGCGGCGGCGCGGUGGUCGAAUAUCGUUCAAACAGUUUUCACGUUUUAUUUGAACAUCAUAAUAAUAAUAUGCAAAACAUAAAAUGCUUAUAUUUUUCGUGUUUUUCAUAAUAUUUAACGAUAGCCAACGACUCAAAGUUCGUAACUCAGUCUUGUUUUUUUCAAACUAAAAUAAAAUCAAUGAGGUUUCGUCGUUUCAGUCAUUUUUCUGACUCCGAGCCAAAUAAUAUAUUUCAUAUUAUUAUUAAAUACGUUGUCGUUGUGAUUGUUCGAAGCCCAUACUAUAGUACUCAUUUGAUAAUGUGUCUAUAUAUAAUAUAUUGUAAGUAGAGAGUGUGUAGUGGUAAAAUUCCAUUACGUCCAAUUAUAGCGGAUAUAGGUAUGGUUUAUUUGCUCUCGACACGUAUAUACACGUACAUUAUCGGUGAUAAUACCAUUACUAUAUAUUAUUAUGAGUACCUAGCUGUUUGUUUUACUGGCGAAAUGUCCCGCUAAACGGAGUAGCUCACGACGAGAGUCACGAUACGACGUUUUAAACAAAAUAUAAUACACGUAGUAAUCAUCGAAAAAUAUGCGACGUUUCAGAUCGACGGCCAACGUUUUAAUCCAAAGAUAGAUGAUAAUAUUAUAUUUUUGUUUAGUAUAUUAUAUUAUACGUAUGAUAUUAGUAUGCCGUGUGUGAAUUUAUAAUAAUAUAAUAUAUACCUAUUAUAUAUUAUAUAUAUAUAUAUAUAACAUAAAAAACACGCGCGGACUUUUUUUUCCAUAGAAUAUUUUAUUCAAAUUAAAUAUUGAAUAAUUUUAAUUAAAAUAAACUGAUCUAAAUAUAAUGUAAUAUUAUACAGAAUUUUUAACAUCGGCAUAAUACUUUUAAGUUAUUUUUGUUAUUAGCUAGGUACGCAUAUUAUCUUGGGUGGAUGCGAAAAUUUAAUAUAACUGCGUUUAGUGUGAACGUUACGCGUCGUCAUACAGUACAUAUUCUGUCUGUAAAAGAUUAUCCGUCCGAUUUUUGUAGUUACUUUUCGAUCGAUCGAUCGGUCCGUUUACCACUGUGAGCCGCCUCGAGAAAUUGCGCUACGUACAAAACCUACGACGGCGACGUCUAAAUACAAAAAUAAAAAAAAUAUAUAAAAAUAUUGUAAUACAAUUAGAGUUUUACGUGUGUUGUAUAAUAUUAUGAUUAUAAUAUGUAAUGGUACCUAAUACGUCAUCGUUUAUAGGAGAAAAAACGUACUACAAUUAAUAUUUAUAUUAUAAAACUUACUUAGUUAUAAUAAAAUAUUAUAUGAUAAUUAAUAAUAAAUAUAUAAUAUUAUAUACAAGGUGAUUCUUUAGAAAGCAAAAACUGAUUUUAUUGAAAAGUACCUAUCGAUAUUUUUGGAAAUAUUGUUUUAGCAUAAUUUUAAAUCAUUUAUUAACUAUAUUUUGUAAACUAAUUAAAUAUUUAGUUUUUUAUUUUUUGAAUGAACAAUACAUUUAUAAUUUCAACUGUCAUAUAAUGAAGCAAAAUAUUUUUCUUAAAAUUUAAACACAUAAAAAAUUGUAAACUAAUACUUAAUAUAAAUUAUAUCUUAAAAAUAUUUAGUUUCAAUUGAAGUGAUACAAUAGGGUUUGCCAUAAAAUUGAUACAACACUAUACGCUAUCCGCUCAUUUUUUUUUUAAAUUUAUACAUUUAUAAUCCAUAUUAAGUAAAUUUGAAAAAUGAAAAUUAUAGUCAUAUGGGCUAUAGGUGAAAGGAAAAAAAAUUACAACAACUUCCAAUUAGUAGCACUUCUGAAAAGAUUUAAUAUUUUUUAAAUCGUUGAUAUCGCAUCAAUAAAUAUUUAUAAAGUCAUAACUAAUAACUAAUUAACUUCUAUUUCAAAAAUAAAUUUUUGAAAUACAUUUAAAAUUGAAAUACUCAGAAAAAUAUUUUGUUUCACAAUUAAAAAUGUAAGCUUUCAUUCAAAAAAACCGAUAAUCGUAUAAAAACCUAAAUAUAUUUUAAUUUUAUUUUUAAUGUAGUUUUGUAAUAUUUUAGUUGUUAUUGAAAAAAAAUAUUUCCAUCAUAAACUAUAAUAUCAUAAAUUUGUUGUUAAAAAGAACCACCUUGUAAACAUAAACAUUUAAGAAUCCGCGAAUCGGGUUUUUCUAUAUGUAUAAUAAUAAUAAUAUAAUAUGUGAUUUGCGAAGUUAGCCGAAACAACCAUUCGCACAUCGGUAUUUUGUAAAUAAUACAAUAAUUAUACCUGCAUAAUGAAUAACAAUAAAAAUAUUUAUAGUUUUAGAAAACUUAUAUAGUUAUUAAUCAUUACUAUUAUUGUACACACUAAUAAAUAGUGUAAAUCAAAAAGUUCACAUUAAUAAUUGGUUAGUUGUGUUUGUUUGUGGAUUUUUUUUUUUAUAUAAUUAACAUAAUAUUAUAGUGUGGGCUUAUUUUUUAUCAAAAUAUAUAUAUAUUAUAAAUAUGUAUAUGAUAAUAUAAAUAGUGUAAUGAUAUUUAUAACUGAAUAAAAAAAACAAAAAAAUUA